AUGAUGUACAACACCAGCAGCAACAGAGUUGCCAUUGUUGGCGCAGUAUUGUUGUGUGUUGCUUUGUUGGCUUGUGCCCAGCCAGGCCCAACACCACAGGCAAUUGGACCAUUCUUGGUGCCAUAUCCACAGCACUUGCAGCAGGGCGAGGUUACCCUGCCAGUCGACCCCAAGCAGUUCACCAUCGCCACUACCAGCAGCUCGCAGAUCUUGAAGAUCAACAUCCAGCGCUACCAAAAGUUGUUCUUCUCGGCUGGCCCUGCCCAGCAACACACCUCGGCCGUCGCCGCUUUGACACUCAACAUCAACGUGGCCUCGGACAAUGAGGACCUGUUCCUCGGCGUCGACGAGUCCUACUCGAUCGUGGCCAACAGCCACGAGCUCACCAUCACCGCCAACACUGUGUACGGUGCCGUGCGUGCCCUCGAGACCUUCUCGCAGCUGAUCACCUUUGCUCGCCCAGCCAACACCUACUCGAUCCAAUACACACCAAUCACCAUCAAGGACUACCCACGCUUCCAGUGGCGUGGAAUGUUGGUGGACUCUGGCCGCCACUACCUGCCCGUGGACUUCAUCCUGCACAUCCUAGACACAUUGGCCUACGCCAAGUUCAACGUUCUGCACUGGCACAUUGUGGACGCUCAGUCGUUCCCCGUGCAGUCCAGCACCUACCCCGACCUGACCAACGGCGCAUACAACCCCAUUGCCAUCUACACCCACGACCAGAUCCAGCAGGUGAUUGCCUACGGCAAGACGUACGGCAUCCGUGUCGUGCCCGAGUUUGACAUCCCAGGCCACAGCGCAUCAUGGGGCGUCGGCUACCCACAGCUGCUCGCCAGCUGUCCAUCGUACGCGUCCAACACCAACAACUUGCUGUUGAACAUCGCCGACCAGUACACGUACACAUUUAUCAAGAACCUGUUCACAGAGAUCACGCCCCUCUUCCCCGACAACUACUUCCACACUGGAGGUGACGAGGUUAUCCUUGACUGCUGGUCGGAGGACCCCUCGAUCGUCGCCUGGAUGACCCAGAACAACUACUCGCUGGUCGAGGCCGAGCAGUACUUUGAGACACAGAUGUCCAACAUCCUUGCAUCACUUAACCGCACCAAGAUCGUCUGGAACGACCCGUACAUCAAUGGAGUCCAGCUCGACCAGAACACCGUGAUCCAGGUGUGGGACGUGUCCAACGUCACUCAGCAGAUCAUCAAUAACGGCUUCAAGGCCAUCGUGGCCAACGCCUACUAUCUCGACAAGCAGGUGCCAUCGCCCUUCAACAAGAUCCACUACGAGUGGCAGGACACAUGGCAGGACUUCUACUCGUACGACCCAAUGUACGGCAUCACCGAGAAUGGCGACAACAUCCUGGGAGCAGAGGCAUGCAUGUGGGGCGAUCAGCUCAACCAGGUGCAGUUCGACGUUCAAGUGUGGCCACGUUCGCUGGCGAUCGCCGAGCGUUUCUGGUCCAAUGAGGCCAUCGUCAACAUUGACGACGCACUCGUUCGCAUUGAGGCUCAGUCUUGCUCCAUUGCCAAGCGUGGUGUCAACUCUGGCCCACUCUUCCCAGACUUUUGUUUCCUGCCCGCCGACGUUCCAUCCGGCCAACAUCCAAUCCUCAGGCUCACUCCAGAGCAAGUCGCUUCAAUCCUUCGUAAAUAA